UUUUCUUUUUUCGUAAAAAAAAAUUUUAGAAAAAUUAUUCUUCAAAAAUAAAAUAAAAUAAAGUCAGUUUGUGCAAAUAAACAACAAUAAACACUGUCAGCAUUGCGCCGCAAAAGACAAGCGCUGACCUAUUCACGCUUAAUGUGACAGCUGUCCUACUGUAUUCAUGAUUGCGCUGCAGCAUCUGUGCAAAUCAAAAUACCAUAUAAAGUGAGUGCUUUGUAAAUUCGGUAAUCAGCGUAAAAAUAUAACUGACAAAUGUUGUCUUAUAUGUUCUUGAGUAUAUGUGCCCAUAACUGGCAUAACAAAUGCAACUAAUAAUCUACAUACAUACAUACACACAUAAAGACGGUCAUAUUAACUUAAGCGGAUUGUCUUAGUUGCGCCGGCAACCUAAUCGGUUGUGUAAAUAACUAUUACAGUUACGAUUUUGCCACGCAACACACCAAAUUAAUAAAUGCAGUUGUAUAUGUGUGUUUGUAGAUGGAUGUUUUCCGGCUCUAACAAAAUCGUGUUUGCUCUGUUGCUAAACGUCAUCAUAUCCUUCUUGCUAGCCAUAAGCUCUUGCCAAGCAUUCGCAAAACGGAAAGCCGCAUAUCAUUGUAAGCGUUGAGACUUUUGUCUCUGCCUCUCUAAUAAGAUUAUUAUCUUUAUUCUGUGCUCGAUCGUCUGUUUGCCCAUUCUUUGCCGCACAAUGGUAAAACGGUAUGAAAUUCGCGCGAACAAACUUCAAGAGAUAUAAGAGCAGCAUUUAAGGACUUUAACUAACGGCAAGUGAAUUAGUGAGCAAUAUAAUACGAAACUGUUAAAUAAGCGAUAAAUAAUAACACAGAAACAAGGAGGAGCAGAAAAAUAAACCACCCACAAGUUUCAGCAUGUAAAAGACGGCACUUGUGGAGUGUGAAAAGAGAGAGUGAGAGACGGCGCUGACAGUUAAGUUAGAUAAAAUAUUGUGUUAACUGUAACCGCUGACUGUUGGUUGCCCAAGCAGCCGUGUGUGUGAGCAUUUGCCGAGCAUCUACAGUUGCAGUCGUCAGCCGUAUUCAUAAUGGCCGACUUGGAGCGCAUAAGACUGGUUAUACUGGGCGGUGCUGGUGUGGGCAAAAGUUCCAUCAUCAAACGUUUCCUCUUCAAGACCUAUACGGACAAAUAUCGUGCCACGGUCGAGGAUCUUUUUAACCGGGAAUAUGAUUUGGGCGGCGUCACACUGAAGGUUGACAUUUUAGACACUUCUGGUGAUAUGCAAUUUCCCGCCAUGCGCCGCCUGUCCAUUGCCACCGCCCACGCUUUCAUGCUGGUCUAUGCGUCAACGUCUGCGUCAAGUUUUCAAUGUGUCAAACAGUGUUUUGAGGAGAUACGUGAGCAGCGCGCCGACUAUCAGGAUAUACCCAUUGUUAUCGCCGGCAAUAAAUCGGAUUUGGCCAAUACACACCGAGAGGUGCGACUGGAAGAAGUCACGGACUGGGUCUACUGUGAAUUGCCGCGACUAAGAGCGAAAGUGCUGGAGUGCUCCGCCAAGGAGGAUCAAAACGUGACUGACCUCUUCAAAACGUUGCUCUCACUAUCGCGAUUUCUGCCCGUCGGGAGCAAUAAUGACGGCACAAGUGGACUCAAGCGACGCGCUUCGGCAUAUGUUAGCGCAUCGUCAAGUAGAAACAAGAAUCGCAUUGCCAGUCCUUCCGUUUCGGGUGAUAAAAAGUUCAGCUUGGCCGGAGCUGUUGAUCCAGCCACCAGCAGCGGCGAUGCCAAGCUAAAGCCCAGAUCUAGGUCACUCAUACGCCGUGCAUCACGCAAAACCAAACAGCAAAUCAACAACGCGUCCGAUGACUGUAAUUUGCAAUAAAGCAGCGGAAGGAGGCAAGCGUGAAAGGUUGAUAAGGCGAAAAUUGCUUGAAAAGCGCUAGCAAAUAUACAUAAUUAUAUAAUAAAUAAUAAAUCACAGAAGCAAACGGAUAACAACAUCAACAAAAACAGAAACAGAAACAGAAAAAAGCAAAAACACACAAAGACAAGCAGAAACUCAAAUUCACAAUUGUCGACAUAAGCAUGGGCGAGUGUGUGUCUGUGUGCGUGUUGGUGUGCAAGUAAGUAGGCAUAGAUGCGUGUGUGUGUGUACAUUGUGAAUAUAUAUUAAUUAACAGUCGUCAAAGCGAACUCACCGCAAUGAUGGGGAGAAUGAUAACGCGGAAAAGAUUACACAUUUUGAUAUGAACGCUUAAUUCAAACUACUCUACUUAUAUAAUAUAUAACAAUAACAAAAACGAAUCAAGAUACGGUUUUGUUGUCAAGUAUGUGUGUGAGUGUGUUUUACAUAUUAUAAUACAAACAUACUUAGGUGGGUGUGUUUGUAUAGGCAAGCAUUUAUUGCGGUUAAAAAAUGACAGAUUAACGGUUUGGAGAAAUUAGAAAA